ACCUAGAAAACCACCGCAGUUAGCAGGGCCGAGGCCACACUGCCUGUCCCAACCUCCCGGCGGGGGACCCCGAGGGCCAUGCCCCCGAGCUGUGGGUGGGAUGGGUGCCCCAGGGCCUGGCCCCUCACUGUCAGCGCUGCAUCCAGCUCCGACAGGCCCCAGGGCCUGGCAGGACCGGGGUGGAGUGGGAGCCCCCGGGGCAGCCUUCUCCCCCUGCCUGGCCUGUGGCCACCUCUGGCCAGGCACCAGGACCCGCUCCAGCCUCACGCGUGGGACAGGCGACCACAGUAGGGCCCUUGCCGGAGCCAGGCUGCCCUCACUCUUGGCCAGGGCGCGGCACAGGGACAGCAAACACAAGUGGCCAGCGGCCCUGCCAGGCUUUCCUAGAAGAGGCUUUGGGGGAGGGGUAGUGGCUGAGGUCAGGGGGAGGCCAAGGCUGCGUCUGGAAGCCAGAGCGGCAGAGCCCUCCUGGCUGUUAGGAAAGCACGGGGGUGGGGGUGGGGGUGGGGGUGCAGGGCGGGGUGGGUGCCCCCCCAGCUGUCUGCCAAGGGCAGGGGCAUCAGGCCCCUGGGCUGCGGCGAGUGGGUGGGAACCAGAACACACUCGGUCCCCAGGCUCCGUGGGUCACAUGAGGGGGCAUCCCUGCUCCCACCUGCCUGCCCCAGCCCUGCCAGGGACACGGCGACAACCCACUGCCCCCAGAGCCACACCACAGGCCAGCCUGGACUCUACAGAAAGCUCCGGGGUGGGGUUAGCUCCCCCGAACCACCUGCACCUGGGGGAGCAGGUGCUGCUGCCCGGCACGAGGGGGUUAACGGCCGGGGACGGGGGAGGGCUGGACGGGGGCCGGCCGGGCAGUGGGGAGAGCCAGAGGGCAGGCGCCCGCCCGCAGACGCCCUUGCUCGCGCCUGCCUUCAGCCUGCUCUGCACGCGGGAUGGCCCCGAGGACAGGCAGCCUGGCCCUGGCGGUGCUGCUCAUCUCCUGGGCGGCUCUGGACCCCUGCGGCCUGGAGGGAGCAGAGCCCGGGCCGCCGCCGGGGGACGCCGAGGCCCCGCCGUGCCCGGCCGUGUGCACCUGCAGCCACGGGGAGGACGCGGGCGAGCUCACCGUCUUCUGCAGCUCCAGGAACCUCACGCAGCUGCCCCAGGGCAUCCCCGACGGCACCCGGGCCCUGUGGCUGGACGGGAACAACCUGUCCUCCGUGCCCUCGGCCGCCUUCCGCAACCUCUCCAGCCUCGACUUCCUCAACCUGCAGGGCAGCCGGCUGGGCAGCCUGGAGCCGCAGGCGCUGCUCGGGCUGCGCACCCUGCGCCACCUGCAGCUGGGCCGGAACCGGCUGCGCAGCCUGGGCGCCCACACGCUCACGCACACGCCCGGGCUGGCCUCGCUGGGCCUCGCCCACAACCUCCUGGGCCGGCUGGAGGACGGCCUCUUCCGGGGCCUGGCCCGCCUCUGGGACCUCGACCUCGGCUGGAACGGCCUGGCGGUGCUGCCCGACGGCGCCUUCCAGGGCCUGGGGAACCUCCGCGAGCUGGUGCUGGCCGGCAACAGGCUGGCCUACCUGCAGCCGGCGCUCUUCUGCGGCCUGGCCGAGCUGCGGGAGCUGGACCUGAGCAGGAACGCGCUGCGCAGUGUCAAGGCCAACGUCUUCACGCAGCUGCCGCGGCUGCAGAAACUCUACCUGGACCGCAACGCCAUCGGCGCCGUGGCCCCGGGCGCCUUCCUGGGCAUGAAGGCGCUGCGCUGGCUCGACCUGUCCCACAACCGCCUGGCCGGCCUCCUGGAGGACACCUUCCCGGGCCUGCUGGGCCUGCGCGUGCUGCGCCUGGCGCACAACGCCAUCGCCGGCCUGCGGCCCGGCACCUUCAAGGACCUGCACUUCCUGGAGGAGCUGCGGCUGGGCCACAACCGCGUCCGGCAGCUGGCGGAGAAGACGUUCGAGGGCCUGGGGCAGCUGGAGGUGCUGGCGCUCAACCACAACCGCAUCCAUGAGCUGGCGCCGGGGGCCUUCCUUGGCCUCGCCAACGUGGCCGUCGUGGACCUGUCCGGCAACGGGCUGCGGGGCCUCCCGGAGCAGGCCUUCCGGGGCCUGGGCAGGCUGCACAGCCUGCACCUGGAGGGCAGCUGCCUGGGCCGCGUGCAGCCGCGCGCCUUCGCCGGCCUCUCGGGGCUGCGCCGGCUCUUCCUCAAGGACAGCGGCAUCACGGCCAUGGACGAGCAGAGCCUGUGGGGGCUGCCCGAGCUGCGGGAGCUGGACCUCACGGCCAACCAGCUCACGCACCUGCCCGGCGGGCUCUUCCAGGGCCUGGCCAGGCUCGAGUACCUGCUGCUCGCCCGCAACCGGCUGUCGGCGCUGUCGGCCGAGGCGCUGGGCCCCCUGGGCCGGGCCUUCUGGCUGGACGUGUCGCACAACCGCCUCGAGGCGCUGGCCGAGGGCCUCCUGGCGCCGCUGGCGCAGCUGCGCUACCUGGACCUCAGGAACAACUCCCUGCGCACCUUCGCGCCGCAGCCGCCGGGCCUGGAGCGCCUGUGGCUGGAGGGCAACCCCUGGGACUGCCGCUGCCCCCUGCGGGCGCUGUGGGCCCUGGCCCUGCGCAGCCCGGCCGUGCUGCCGCGCUUCGUGCAGGCCGCGUGCGAGGGAGACGACUGCCAGGCCCCCGUCUACGCCUACAACAACAUCACCUGCGCCAGCCCCGCCAGCGUCGCGGGCCUCGACCUGCGGGACCUCCCGGAGGCCCACUUCGCUCACUGCUGACCAGGCCAGGGCUCGGGAGGGCCCCUCACCCGCCCCGGCUCUCUGGGGCUCUGCCGGCGCGGGCUUGGACGGAGGGCCUGGGCCCGGGGCCCCCCGGGCUCAGCCAGCAGGUGUUACCAAUUAAAGCAAACCAGCAACA